AUGGCGAAAAUUCACUGUCAUUCUUUACUUUCUGGGAGCUCAUGGAGUUCCUUCGAAGAAAAUUCGCCUUUGGACGAAACCGAAGGUAGGUGUAGCUAUCAUGCCGUCGAUCUGUAUCCUCAUUUGACUCUGUAAACGCAAAGGAAACUUUUUUUAGGGGAUUUACCGUGUAUAAUUUUUCCACGAUAGCAAUGGAAGUGGACGAAAACAAUGGUUUGGGCUCUCCAGAAGCCACGCGAUUGCACCAAGAAGGUAGGUAGCGUGACUUUUAAAGGCUAUAUUUACUCAGAAAAAUCAGAUAUUGUUGCACAAAAUACCAAGUAGUUUGUUCCGCCCUGGGCAAAAAUUACUAUAAGCGAACUGUUAUGCACAGGUUGAAAGUUAGCUUAAUUAGCAUGAGACAUGUCGUGCUAACUGCAUGCGUGCACCCCUUAAAAGAGCGCUGUCUUAAAUAGAGUUAGCUGUUCAUCUGAAACUUCAACAAUGGAGGAAGUGAAUACUUGGGUUUUCUCUAAACAAACAGCGCCAAAUCAAACGUGCUUUAAUUUUUUGGAGUGGCUUACGCGUUUAUUAAUAAUGUAAGCGGUACAUGAUUAACUUUUUUAUAUGCUUUUAUGCUUUGAUCCUAGAUAUGACCCUUUUCGGGAUUUGCCCAGAGCAAGAGGAAAUUGUCCUUGUCGUUUGCAAAGAGUGUGGCAGGGUUGUGAAAGCGCCGGCAUUUUUACGGCAUUGUGGUUAGUGCAUUCAUAAUAAUAUUACACCUUUAUCGAGCUUAAGUGACAAAAGCUCUACAAAUGUCAUAACAUCUGGCAGUUCCAAUGAGUAAACCAUUAUAAACGCUAGGUUGAUUCCAUAUUCUGGUAACGUUUUCCAUCAAACUGAAACUUGACCGUUUAUAAAUAGUUUUUUACUCCACUUCAUAUACAAAAAAAUGGAGUGUGAUGUUGUUUUUGAAAUUGAAUCUAUAUAAGCUUUAAUUUUGAAAUUAUUCUCUGUGCUAAUUAUAUUGUUUUAAUUUUCCUGGCCAUAUCUUGUGUGACCCAUGAUAAAUUCAAGGGAGAAUUCACUGCAAGGUUGUCAUUGGGAAAUUGAACCUUGACAGAAUUCUCCACCUAUAAUGCAGAAUUUCUGGUUUAAAUUUUUAGCUAUAAAUAUUUUAAAUUCAGACCUAGAAAGUUGUCUACUCUUCCCUUUUGCUAUUUCUUAGCAAAAUCCGUAUCACUGCACCUUCUGAAACAUGAAAAAAUUGUUUCACCAUAUAGUUGAUACCCAAUUCAUAUACCAUUGAGUCGGCCAAUAACCAGGGAUAUCAUUUAAUGGAAGACUUUGUCAGCUUUUGUUUUGAGUCUACGGGAAAGAAAUUUCUGUAAUGACACUCAUGGCAGACAAAGCUUUCCACAGUGUUUAUGAUUCCUAAUUGUUACCCACAUUGUUAUAAAUUAAUUGAGUAUAUCCUUGCCAUACUUAAUUUAUUGUUUUAAUUUCCUUAGUAAUAACUAUUGUGACCAUUGAUAUAUUCAAACUGGAAAUUAUUGUGUUGAGUUACCCAAACAUACUAGGGAACUUUCUUUUUUGUGUGUAAUUGUGAGGUAAAUAUUAUCAAUGGGGUGUAAGACCAUUAUAUAGGGUUUAUCAGCUAGAUUUCUUGAGGGAUGAGUCCUCAAUUAUUAUUUAACAGACAGCUAUCAAUCUUAAUCUAGUUAUAACUUUCCUUGUUUCUAAGUCAUACCUUUUGUUUGAGAACAGGACUAAAGAAAGCUAUUUUUUUAACUUUUUCAUAACUGAGCAAUUUUACUUGUAUUUCUUUGCUGCAUGAUUUUGAUUUAAUAGAAAAUCUGGUCCUUUAUCAGUUGUAAGUGUUGUGGUUAAUGAAGAUAUCAGGGUUAAGUGAUUUCAAACUAGGUGUAUGUUUUCUUUGUAAUCCUUGCCAUUUGAUAAUGUCUUUGGAACAGACAGAAAAUCAAAUUUAACUAGUUUGAAACCUUUUCGGCCAGAAAAUCUUUCAAAACUUCAACAAAUACCAUUUGAAACAUGUGUGGAAUUAUUCAGACCUUUGUAAUUGUAAUGAGAUAAAAAUUCUUUAAGAUCCUGUUAAUUAUGCAUAGCACCAUUAAGUAAUAUAGGCAAACUAGAAGUAUCUUCCAUUAUUAUUUAUCAUUACUCUUUUCUGAUUGGCUACGCAAGUGGGGAAGAGGGUGUAAGUUGCUUGAAGCCAGCUUGCCUAGUUCAGAACGUUUUGUGAAGAAACAUGAUUUUUGAUAAUCUUACUGGUUUUUGCUGCUUCAGUGUUGAAGGGAAAUACCACAGGCAUGUACUGAAACAAAAUCUAAACGAAGAAAAAAUAUAUUGAGUUGCAUCCGUUUUCUUUGAAACUGACACAGGUUCUUUAAUGUUAUAUUUUUGCUUUAUAUUGUAUCUUUUAUUCAACUAGCUUGUUUGUCAAGAAGGCUGGAUUUGUUGUCUUAUUUCAGUCUUUUGAUGUUGGAAAUUUAACCCAAAUCCAACCAUGUUAACCUUGGGUUUGAUUUUAAGGGACAGAAAAUAGUACCUGAAUCCUUUAACUCUCAAGAUCACAUUAGUGAUUCUCCUUACUGUCUGCCAUACAGUUCUUGUGAUGUUAGUUUGGAGAAUUUGAUAUUGGAUCAACUUGUAGUCCCCUAAUUGAUAUUUUUCUUUAUUCUCAUCACUUCUUUGCUUGAUAUUGCCUUGAUGCUGUAAGGAGAAAUUCUGUCUUGGUCACUCAUAGGAGUUGAAGGGUUUAAAAAAACGUUGGUGUUGUUAACUGAUCUUGAAAUCUAGUUACCCUUGAUCAUGUGGUCUCUUGAGUUCUACAUUUUGUUGAUUUGUUCCUAUUUUCUAAAGAUCUAAGAUCAGAGGAUGGCCAGUGUAGGUUAGAGCUAUUAUUGUUAGUGUCAGAAAACUUAAUUUUUCAGUCUUGGAUUUUCAAACACUGGUGCUGGUGUCUUGGAAAGUAGUAGAUUGUAGCAUUUUUUCAUUCUACAAAUGAAUUGUCCCUCUUUUACACUGCAAUAAAUCAAUAGGCCAUUUCCAAAUUACUUUAGGCCUCUUUUUCAAAACGAGGCCUGGUGCUCAACCAUUCCUAUGAAGAUGAGUAUGAUUUGUAUGUGAAUGAAAACUUUUAAUUACAUGAAAGGAUGAGCACUAGGACUUGCUUUUCAAACAAGGCCAAAGGUAAUUCAGAAAUGGGCUAUUACAAUGCUGGCCAUAUAACAACAAAGGCCUCAAGAAAUAUUUUAAGAAGUUAUGACUUAUCAUGAUAAAUUACUAUUUUACUCUUCCAUUCUUACAGAGCUACACCAUCAGAAAGUUAUUCCUGUUCCCACCCCAUCCUCCCCUGACUUGGUGACAACGUCAAGCUCAAUGGUGGAGACAAUUUUACAGACAGGAUCUAGAAAAGGAAAACCUCAUGACUCAGUCAUUACUAACCAAAAGAUUGAACUAAUGGAUGUCACAGUGAAGAUAGAAGAAAUGCCUUUGACUGUUCCAUGUCUAAAUCAUGGCUUCUCUUCCACUGCUGUUAAGACAGAAGCUCUGAAUAAUGUAAUAGUGAAGAGAAGUCCAAAUGAAAAAGUUACUAGCAAUAAAAAAUCUCCCAGGAAACAGGUUCCUACAAGAGGUAAGUUCCAGUAUGGAAUUAUGGUGCCAUCUGUGUUACAGUCCAAGGUGAAAUGGAUUUGAAUCACAAUAAGUGAUAAAAGUAGUUGGCACUCUUCUCUGUAGUAGGUGGUCUACUAUCACUCAUUCAAUAUAAUAAACAGAAAUCUUGCAAUUAAUCACUAAUAAGUAACUUGAAAGUCCACUCUCCCCCCUUAACCCUUAACUCCCAAGAUCUGACUGUUAAAUCUCCCCUCCAGCUGCUACAAAUUUCCUUGUAAAUUGGUUAUGAGAAUUUGGUGUUCAAUCAAGAUAAUAUCUUGUACCUGAUAAGUUAGGUUAAUCUCACUACCUGAUUGCUGGAUAAUGUAUGGAAACUAUUGGGAGAAGUUACAUGUUAAUCACUUCUGGGAGUUAAAGGGUUAAGUUAAUCACUGUCCACCAUUUUGAUAAAACCAGGCAAAAUUGAAAUAGGAGAGAUAAAUGAAAGUUAAAACAAAAAAUCGAGUAGUAGAAUGUGCCAAGACUUGGGCUACUCGUUGUAAUUUGAUUUUUGUUUUUAUUGUGAAAGGAUUAUGGUUAUAUAUCUGGAACAAAAAUGAAAACAGAACCCAAUUGCUGAUAGUUAGAAACCAUUUUUCUCUAGAAUAUAGAUGUAACUACCAGUUACAUGUAUAUUAAUUAAACUACUCAAAUGAUUUGAGCCAGGAAGUAACUUUUAGUCGUAAAGCAGAUUCUGUAGGUGAGCAGAGUCCACACAAGAUAAUCAUUUGUGACUGUGACUCGUGUUUUGACAACUUAAAUGGAGAGCAUCAUUGAAGUAAAGUUUGAAGUUUUCUCUCAGUUAUGGUUUAGUCUGAACAAGAUAACUUUUCUUGUUGAUUGGCACUGCCCAUUCACAACUGAUUGCAAAACCCCUGACUUGGCCAAAUGAUACUUUUAUGAUUAUUAUAAUUUAUUACUGAAACACUGGUCUGUGGCACGGAGGAAAGGAAAUUAUCACUUAAAAGUAGAAUUUUACUCUGUACACUGUACCUCCAACCUAUUAAGAUUCUUUCUUAAGUCUUGAUUUGCUGGUCCCUUUUAAAUCUUAUUUAGAGUGAAGAUGCUUUGUGACCAGUGUAAACUAUUUGAGUUCAUUGUUGACUCUUUGUAUCUAUAAUGUUUUGUAGAACGAGAGUUUGAUGCUGACAAGCAUUGUGGAGUUUGGGUAGCUGAACACCAGAAGAGAUGUACUCGUUCACUAACUUGCAAGGUAAAAAAAAAUUCACGUAUUUUUGCAUUUGUUAGUUUUAUUAAUAAUUACAAAGUUUGUAAUCUACCAUCCCCUCCUUGUGUAUCAAAGGUGAAGUAAAACACAGGUUAUUUAUUUUCCCUGAAAUACAAUAAAUACAAGUGUGUUUAUGUACAAAGCUUGGUCAAGCAUAGUCAAUGCAACCUCUCAUUCCUGGCAGUAAUCAGUGUUUAUAUUAAAUAUGCUUUUUAGCUGAGGGGUAAUGAAAAGUGGGAAAUUGUGUAUUUCAUGGUAUGUUGUCUGAUAUAAACACAUCUUUGGAAUGUUUUGUCAAGAUCUGCCAUAAGAUAUGGGAUUUGUAAUUGUAGCUGAAGAUGGGUCAGUGCUGAUAGAGUAUGCUGUCACUGAUCCUAGUUUACCGUUCACUACCAAACCAUGAAAUCACCAUUAGGUAACUCUUAAGAUAUACUCAUUUCAGACACAUGCCUUGUCACUGAGACGUGCAGUUCCUGGACGACGGAAACCUUUUGAUGAACUUCUGGCUGAGCAUAAAGCACGAGUAAAUUGUGAAAAGGAACAACAACAGAAUCAGGCUCUUAAGCUGCAAGAGCAGGCGGCAAAUCAGAAGACACUGGAUGCUACUCUAAAAAGAGCAUCAAGUACCUCUGACUCAUCUGUUACUUCAUCUGCAAGCUCAAGGUUUGUGACAUUUCUUUUUGAGACACAUACCACAAGUAGUUUUGCCACAGUCCUCUGGUAAGAACAUCACUUAAGUAUUGAUUUUUUUUUUUCUUUUAGUACUAAAACGCACAUUGGAAGGUCUCUCUCUGUAGAAGGUAGGUUUUGAUUUUGUCUUUUUCACAUUUUUAGCAUUUAACAUAUUAAUGUUGAUAGUAGUUUUAGCACAAAAAAUCAAAUUUGAUGCUUAGAAGAUAUUGUUUAUGGUAUAGAUGGACUUGUUUUGCCACUUGUUUUGAAAGAACAGCUCAAAUCUUUGAUCUGUGCUUUAACCCUUUAACUCGCAGAUUAAAUUUGUAAUUCUCCUUACUGUCAACCAUACAAUUCUUAUAAUGUUAGUUCAGCGAAUUUAGUAUUGGAUCGACUAAUUAUCCCCAAAUUGAUGUUUUUCUUUAUUCUUGUCACUUAUCUAGUUGAUAUUGUAUUGAUAUUGUAAGGAGAAAUUCUGUCUUGGUCAUUCAUGGGGGUUAAAGGGUUAAAGGAGUUAAGACUGCAUCUGGACUUUGGCAAGCAGUAUUAACAUUAUGUAUCUAUCAAACUUCUUUUGAUAACAAUAUUUCAGAUGAAAACAACCUUGUGAAUAAAGUUGUGAAAGGUUCUUCUGAUGGCAGCACUGAAAAUAGUGAUAGCAACACAAAAUCAUCUGGUUUGACAACCCUUAGUUGUCAUCCUAAACCUAUGGCGGUAAGCACAGUCACAUCAAUCUGUUUAGGUGCUUGGAAUGACACUUUUCACUCUUAUAACUGUAGUUAUAAUAACUGAAUGUUAGAGUUACCAACUGACUGAUUGGAAACUUGAUCAACUGAUUUUUACUGCCUUUCAUGAGGUAACAGUCAGGACUGACUAUCUGACCAACUGACUAAUUGACUUUGCUAACUUACUGGCUGAGUUACUGCUUGACUUAUUGACUCACAGAAUGAUACACUGACUGACUGACACUCCCCUCCCCUUUCGCAGACUGACUGACUUAUUUGUUGAAUUGACAGACUGACUGACUGAUUGGCUUUACUAACUUAUUGGCUGAAUGACUGCUUGAUCUACUGGCUGACAGAAUGAUAGACUCACUGUCUGACUCACCUGUUGACUGACUGACUGACUGACUUAUGUGUUAAAUUUAUUGAGUGAAUGAGUGACUGACUAUGUGAAUCACUAACUGAUUUGAUGGACUCACUUGACUGACUCACAGAUUAAUUGACUCUAAUGACCUGAAAAUGGAGGACUGAUUUACCCACUAACUGUUUACUAACUGCUCUAAAAAAUCAACUGACUGACUUUUAGCUAAAGGUUUGACUUAAUGCACUACCAACUAACAACUGGCAACCUACAAUUGUGCAAAGUAACUAUUUUGAUAGACAGAAACACACCUUUGUCUCCCCAACUAGUGUCAAGCUUCUCCCUCUACAACUUGUCUUCCUAAAUUAACCUACUUCACUUUGUUACAGUCUUGUCGCUUUGGCACAAGAGCAGUAGGGAAAGGAGGGUACGUCUUUAAUCGCAGAAGUGACCAUCUUCGAUGUGCUGUUCUUUCCAUGGUAGAGAGAUAUCUAAAUCCUUCAUUGCCAAGGUAGAGUACAAAUGCAAAUUGAGUUUGUGGGGUUUGCUUUUAGGUUUUUUAAGUUACAUAUAGGGUACUUACCCCUAUCCUCUUAUUAAAUCUGCCACAUCUCAGAAGUUUCUAUUUUUUCACGGACUUAUUUUUUUUCAUGUUACACAGGCAAAAAUCUAACAGAGCAAGUGCUGCUAUUCUCCAAAGACCAACUAUGAAAACUGUGGGACAGUCAUCAAAUCAAGGUAACAAGGCUGCUAAAGAAGUGCAAGUAUUAUUAAGCUUUACAAUUACUGCAUGAUGUGAGAAUGGUCUUCUCUAGUUCUUAUUACAAUUAACAAUUGAUCACCAAAGUGGAGGUAAAUAUCCAUCACUUUCACUAACACUGAGGGGAAUAAUUGUGUAAGUAUAUACCACACAGACACCAGAAAAAUGAGUUUAUUUCUUUCAAUACACUGAAAAUGGUCAGAAAUUAAACUCUUGACUUGCAGUUUUGUCUUGUCACUUGCUUAGAGGUGAAUGGUACUUGUUAUUCACUUUCGAACUAGCCAAUCAGUGGAUUGGGACUGGGUGUUAUAUGCUAAUUAUUAUUAUCAUUAUCAUUAUUGUCAUUAUCAUCAUUAUUAGUGGUAGAAGUAGUGUUCAACAUUUGUUAUUAUUAUUUGACUAUAAUGGAGGUUUUCUUUGAUGUAAUAAUAGCAUUGAUGACCUUGUCAUUCAAUAUCAAUGACGCAAGGAUUAUCUUCAUAUUUUCAGUAAUUGGUACAGGCUGGGAUUUUUAAAAAGAGAGCUGUAGACAGAGAGUUAUCAUGUAAUUGUAAUUGAUAUAAUUUUUUUCUCAGAAACGGUUUGUACUAAGGAGCACUCAUGGUAAAAUUUUGAUCACCUUUAUAGGUUUCUCUUCAGUUCCAGAGAGGUAUAAAAGCCACUCCAACAAAUCAAUGAACAAUUUUCUCAAAGCUCCACCCUUUCCUAGAAAUAAAUCAUUCAAACAAGGUAAUUCAGGACAAGCAGUCAAUCAUAUGGAGAAUGGUUUAAAUUCCUCAAGAAGUUCUGUAUUCCAAGGAUCUACAUUGCAAAGCAAGAGACCCUAUUUAGACUCUAUUGGUUCAGCGAAUUCGAAUAGCUUGGCAUCAACCACAUACAUCAAACCUGAUGCUAGUAGCCAAGCGAUCAGUGAUAUGGGAAACAUUGUCGCAAGCAUUGAGACUAAUGUGUCAGGUGGACACCCCCUUAGUCUUGGACACCCACUUGGAGUGGUGGUUACAAAAUCAUCAGUAGUCCCAGGACCAAGUUUAAGCGUCAGUGGUAAUGUAAAGCCAGACUCGAGUUUAAAUCUGUGCUCAGCACUUGGGAUAAAUUCAGGUGCUGCACAGGGAUCUAUUUCAACAACACAGACUACUUUUGUUACAAGUAAUGGUCUAUCCAUAAUGUCUGCAGCUAGUGGAGCUCAGUUGUCUGGCAUAAAUACGGUGACUGGUCCACUACAGCCUGGGUUGACAAAUGUGAAAGAAAUUUUGCCAGCCCCCCUGGUGGGAGGGAAGGUUGCAGUUGGUACAGUGUCUUCGACAUCAACAUCAUCGCCUUUGUAUAAAGCGGUAAUAAACAUGUUUUUCUCUUUCUACUUAAAUUCUCAAAGCAGGGUGGGUAUUAAAGUAAUUUUUAAGAUGUAACUGUUAUGGCAAUGUAAAGUUUUUGUUUGUAGUUUACUUAGGAUGAGUAUUAACCUUUUAACUCUUAAGAUCUGAUUGUAAAUUCUUCCCUUGACCUGCAACCCAUCCCCUUGUAACUAACUUAUAAGAAUUUGGUGUUUGAUCAAGAUAGCAACUUCUUCCUGAAGUUAGAAUAAUUUACUCUCAUUACUUGUUUGCUUGAUUAUGUAUGGGCAUUGUAAGGAGAAGUAACAUGUUAAUCACUUCUGGGAGUUAAAAGGUAAACUGUGUCUCAAAUAAGCAAACUGAGAGCACUUAUCGGAUUGUUUGUGUGAUUUCAAAAAAAGACACUAAUUUGGAAGAGCUUCAUCAAUUUUUUUAUAGUUCCUGCUGGUGUUUUCUUGUAUCUGAUUGGCUGGUAAACCCUUUGGCUCCUAAGAGUGACUAGUAUCGACUGUAACUUCUCCUUAUGACAUCACCCGCUGAAUCACAAUUUAAGGUCCUGGGAAUAAAGGAAAUGAUUGCCAACAAAGGAUGCUCUUGAUUGUUGGAAAUAUUUUCCUUGUUAGCACCUUUGGAAAUGUGUAGAGAGAAUUAUAGAGAAUCUGCAUACUGAUGUUGGGGUGUAAAGGGUUAUAAAAAAGGAGUUUGAAAAUAUUGAUAGAAUAAGUUUUUGGGCAAACUCAAGAAUAAGCAUUUUCCAUUCACUGCAGAAAACUGUGUGAUAUUCGGUGCCUUUACUAGAGAGAAUAAGAUUGCCAUGCCAAGAAGUAAUUUUACCAUUUAGUUCCCAGGGGUGAUUAACAUGUAAUUUCUCUCUAUGAUAUCAAAAUGUUAUUCAACUAAAAGGUGGUGAGAAUACUAAAAUUUAUCAGGUGGAAGUUAUAACUAAUUUACAAGAAAUGUGUAGCAGCUAAAGGGGAGAAUGAGCAAUCAGAUCUUGGGAGUUAAAGAGUUAAAAUGCUCAUCUCUGUUUUUUUUUUUUUUUUGUGAUAUUAAAAAAUUAUUUCAUGGAUUGCCUCUGUUUUUUUUUAGAUCACAGCACAAGUGGAUCCCUCAAUUGGUAUGAACAGUACUUCAUAGCUAUCAUACAGUUACAGCAUUUACAAGUAGCCUGUGAAUCAAGCUGAAGUAUCCCAGAUGUCUUACAAAAUUAUGAUAGCAGUUUUGAGGAAAAAGUAGAUUUACAAUUUUCAAUGGAAUGUAAUCAUACCUGGGAUGAAAAACCAGAAGAAAAUUGAGAGCUGUUGUGUACUAUUUUUUUUUUUUUCCAAAUUCAAUUCAGCAAAAAAUAAAAAUGAACUGUACUUUUGGAAUAGUUAAUCAUGGCAGCUUUGAGGAGAGAUAUUUGGUUACUGACAGAUUUUGUUAUUACACAGGGCAAGUGACAUCAAGCUCUGCUGGUCAGAGUGUCAGCCCAGUGUUCUUUAAACAGGUUAGUGUCAUUAUAGUCAGGAUGAACAAAAACACACACAGCAAGUUGGUUGACCCUUUAAGUCCCAGGAGUGAGUUAUCACUUCUUUCAAGUGUCUAGUCACCAGAGAGGUUUGGCAGUCACUUGAUAAACCAGCUGGAUACUGACAUCUAUCAAUUGGCAUAUCGAUUAUUCUUUAACAACAAAGAACUUUAAUUUUUGUUGGAAAUAUUUCUUUUCCAAUGCACAUUACAGAUUGACUGUAAAAACAACAUAGGAAAUCCCUGUAUAAGGGCAAUAGGCAUUGCCAUAUGCUGGGUCAGAAGAAGCUACACAGCCAAGCAUACAUUGCCACAAUUUAAGAAAUGCAAGAAUACAGGAAGAAAGUAAAAGAGUAUUUCUCACAAAGUGAAAUGCUUUUUGACUUAGGUUGGGUUAGACAGGAAAGUAUUUGAUUAGAGGUCAUGACCUGUGGACCUUGAUUCACACUGUCUUUGUCACAUGUUAUAAAGCCAUCUGGCUUUCCUUCUUUGUCAGCAUGUCCAUAGUAUUGCUGCUCUUGUCAUACCAGAUGCUAGUACAUCUUAUUUCUUACAUUGUAUUUGUUAACAUAUCUUUUAACAAAUUCUUUCAGGGUUCGGGUGCUGUGCAAGUUACUUCCAUGCCUAAUGGCACAGGUCUCUCCCCACCACCUCCUGGUGGAACAGUCAAAGGCUACCCCUUGAAUUUUGUCAUUAAGGGUAAUUCUGCAACUCAGGGAACAUCUACAUCAGUCACAGGAGUAACUGCAACACCUGCGAAUAUAAACAAAGGAAAAAAUCUGAUAUUUAAUAACAUGGGAUCCAUGCAUCAGUCACAGUUUAUUGUGCAGCCAUCUUCACCGAUGAGUCCAAAUAUGCAUCAGAGAGGUAAGUCCUUAUAGCUUACUCUAAGUACUUCUAAUAGAGCUUCCUUUCGUGACUCUCUCACUCCCAAGAUCUCACUAGUAAUUCUCCUUACCGUCUGCCAUAAUGAUGAUGUUAGUUUGGGGAAUUUGGUAUGGGAUCAAGUAACAAUCUCCUCAUUGAUAUUACUUCUAUUUUCCCCAUUUUCUACUUGAUAUUGUAUUGAGAUUGCAAGGAGAAAUUCUGUCUUGGUAAAUUAUGGGAGUUAAAGGUUCAGUACUACCCCCAAAAAAAGCACAAAAACAAGAAAUGCUAUGGUGGUAAAAAAAAAAAUCAGUAAGUGCCACAACACUAUUUAUGACUUCCAUAUAUUUACAACUGUUUAUUCACCACGUCACAAGUUUAUUUGGAACCAACACAUUGACCAGCUCCCAGUUGGCUCGUUAGCUCAGUUGGUAGAGCACUGCACUGGUAUCUCAGAGGUCAUGGGUUCAAAUCCCAUACAGGCCUGAAUUUUUUUCAGGCCUUCUUUUCACUACUACUUAUUUUAAGUAGUGUUCAUUACUACGAAGAUUGCUUUCAUAUUCACACUAUUUCAACUAUAAACAACUGUAUGAGAGUUGAAAUUAGGAGAUCCUCGCAGCUAAGAACACUACUGAAACGAGUAGUUGUAAAUAGGACCUGAAAAAAAUUUCAGGCCCAUACGGGAUUUGAACCCAUGACCUCUGCGAUACCGGUGCAGCGCUCUACCAAUUGAGCUAACAAGCCAACUGGGAGCUGGUCAAUGAAUUGGGUCCAAAUAAACAUCCAAGUGAAUGAAGAUUUUAGAUAUAUGAAAAUUCACAUAUUUGCACUGCGGUGGAAAGAUGAAAUUAGGAGAUCCUCGCAGCUAAAAACACUACUGAAACAAGUAGUUGUAAAUAGGACCUGAAAAAAAUUUCAGGCCCGUAUGGGAUUUGAACCCAUGACCUCUGCGAUACCGGUGCAGCGCUCUACCAAUUGAGCUAACAAGCCAACUGGGAGCUGGUCAAUGAAUUGGGUCCAAAUAAACAAAUAAACAACUUGUAUGACAGUGUUUUCUCAAAAGAAAAAUAAAGAAAAAAUUCUGUAUCUAGACUUCAGCUCUUAUUCUGAAUUAUAAAGUUAUGGAAUGACCUUUGUUUAGGCCAGUGAACAAGUAUGUGCAUGUAUACAUGUUAUUGUUAUCUUGAAAAAGAAGACAAUUUGUCCUUUGAAGCACGGCUGUUGUCACAUUUAUCAUGUCUAAACAACUUGUUUCUCUUAGGUAAAGUUGCAAAUGCUCGCUCAGGAUCUAUACAUAAAGGAAUCCAGAAAGCGCCAUCUCCUUCAUCACAGGCAAAAGUUGUGCAGUCACCUCCAUCUCAACAGCCAAUCCCAGCACAGCAACAAAAAAAAACGUGGUUGUUACAAGUCCACAGGAAACCAAACCAAAGUUUUCAUCAAUCAUAA